CUGAAAGUAGGCCCCAGGUCGCACCACCAAGUUUACUACACAACUUCACAAGUCCUGCUCGCGCCUACUGUCAAGUUCGCGUUUCUUUUGAAGUACUUCAAAAUCAUUCAAACUUAGGACACUGCCGCUUCAGGGCCUUGUGAAAAUGUCCGAGUCCCCAGGACACGUCCAGGGAUCGCUAGCUGCCCUGUACGAGUCUCUCCAGACGUCAGUCCUACAGCUGUUCACGGACCCAACCCAACUGUCCCCGGGCCAGGCUGUGCUGGUCGCCGCCUCUGCGCUGUUUGUCGGGGCGGUGGUGUGGACCUGCUGCGGUGGGCAGAGGUGGACAAAAGUCAAGCUACGGGCAGAGUUUACACCAGGAAUGGUGUACCUCCAUACACUGCCAGCUGUGAAGGCCAUCCCAUGUCUGACUCCGUUCGGUAUAAAGCUGGAGACAUAUCUGCGUAUGGCUGAUAUUCCGUAUGAGCCCAUGUAUGGGAGGAGUAUAGGCCCAAAGGGUAAAGUCCCGUGGAUAGAGUACAACGGUGAAGCCAUGGGAGACUCUGGUCUCAUCAUGGAGUUCCUGAACAGGGAGAAAGGUGUGGACCUGAACCGGAGCCUGAGUGAUGCAGACAAGGCUGUCGGCAGGGCCUUCACUAAGAUGGUGGAGGAGAACACAUACUGGGGUAUGGCCUGGAACAGGUGGAUUGACAACUUUGACAACCUGCACGACCUGUUCGAGGUUUCAAAGACGGUCAUGUUCUUCCUGAGGCCAUUCAAGGGCCGGCUCCAGCAGACCAUGUGGGCUCAUGGAAUCGGCCGCCACUCGAAGGUGGAUCUGGAGGGCAUCAUUGAGAAAGAUCUCCGGGCCAUCUCAACUUUUCUCGGCACUAAACCUUAUCUGAUGGGAGAUGAGCCUACUGAGGUGGAUGCAGCAGUGUUCGGUCAGCUGUCCGAGCUAUUGUGGACGUUGCCCGGCUCCUACCUACACAGGAUUGUCACUGUGGACUGUCCCAACCUGCAGGCAUACUGCAGCCGUAUCAAGGACCGCUAUUGGCCAGACUGGGACCAACUGACUAAAAAUGCUAAAAAGACCAAAGAGGACAUGUCUUUGUAUUCCGAAAUUUUCAGUAUGUAAAAUUUUUGACAAACUUUAAGAAAAAAA